AUCAAUAAAUCCGAGAAGCCAGAAAGCUGCGAUAAUGUGAAGGUUGUUGUUAGGUGCCGGCCCCUCAAUGAAAGAGAGAAAUCGAUGUGCUAUAGACAGGCCGUCAGCGUGGAUGAGAUGAGGGGAACUAUCACCGUCCAUAAGACUGAUUCUUCCAACGAACCUCCAAAGACAUUUACUUUUGAUACUGUUUUUGGACCAGAAAGUAAACAACUUGAUGUAUAUAACUUAACUGCAAGACCUAUUAUUGAUUCUGUUCUGGAAGGCUACAAUGGGACCAUUUUUGCAUAUGGACAGACUGGGACAGGCAAGACUUUCACCAUGGAAGGCGUCCGUGCUGUGCCAGGGCUCAGAGGGGUCAUCCCAAACUCAUUUGCUCACAUAUUUGGUCACAUCGCAAAAGCAGAGGGUGACACAAGGUUUUUGGUUCGAGUGUCAUACUUGGAGAUAUAUAAUGAAGAAGUUCGAGACCUUUUGGGCAAGGAUCAGUCUCAGCGGUUGGAAGUUAAAGAAAGGCCUGACGUGGGAGUAUAUAUCAAAGAUUUAUCAGCCUAUGUGGUCAAUAAUGCUGACGACAUGGAUAGAAUCAUGACAUUGGGCCACAAAAAUCGUUCUGUUGGUGCCACUAACAUGAAUGAGCAUAGUUCAAGAUCCCAUGCCAUCUUUACAAUUACUAUAGAAUGUAGCGAGAAGGGCGUUGAUGGAAACAUGCAUGUCAGGAUGGGGAAGCUGCACCUUGUGGAUCUCGCAGGGUCAGAAAGACAAGCAAAGACUGGAGCCACAGGACAGCGCCUCAAGGAAGCUACAAAAAUCAACCUUUCACUGUCUACCCUGGGCAAUGUCAUUUCUGCCUUGGUGGAUGGGAAAAGCACCCAUGUGCCGUAUCGAAACUCUAAACUGACACGUCUUCUGCAGGAUUCGUUAGGAGGGAACUCAAAAACCAUGAUGUGUGCAAAUAUUGGGCCAGCAGAUUAUAAUUAUGAUGAAACCAUCAGUACCUUGCGGUAUGCCAACCGUGCCAAGAACAUUAAAAACAAAGCGAGAAUUAACGAAGAUCCUAAGGAUGCUCUGCUCCGUCAGUUUCAGAAAGAGAUAGAAGAGCUGAAGAAAAAGCUUGAGGAAGGUGAAGAAGUGUCAGGUUCUGACGUCAGUGGGUCAGAGGAGGAUGACAAUGAGGUGGGUGAGCUUAGAGAAGAUGGAGAAAAAAGGAAGAAGAGAAGGGACCAAGCAGGUAAAAAGAAAGUUUCCCCAGAUAAGAUGAUGGAAAUGCAAGCGAAAAUUGAUGAGGAGAGAAAAGCACUGGAAACAAAACUUGACAUGGAAGAAGAAGAAAGAAACAAGGCUAGAGCUGAACUGGAGAGACGGGAGAAGGACCUACUGAAAGCCCAACAAGAGCAUCAGUCUUUGCUGGAAAAACUGUCUGCUUUAGAGAAGAAGGUCAUUGUCGGUGGUGUGGACUUGUUGGCCAAAGCUGAGGAGCAAGAGAAGCUUCUUGAGGAGUCCAAUAUGGAGCUGGAGGAGAGGAGGAAGAGAGCUGAGCAACUUCGGAAAGAACUGGAGGAAAAAGAGCAAGAACGCUUGGACAUUGAGGAAAAAUAUACCAGUCUGCAAGAGGAGGCACAGGGAAAGACCAAGAAAUUAAAGAAAGUCUGGACCAUGCUGAUGGCUGCAAAGUCAGAGAUGGCUGAUCUCCAGCAAGAGCAUCAGAGGGAAAUUGAAGGCCUCUUGGAGAACAUUCGGCAGCUCAGCCGCGUGCUUCGGCUUCAGAUGCUCAUUAUUGAUAACUUCAUACCUCAGGAUUACCAGGAAAUGAUUGAAAACUACGUCCAUUGGAAUGAAGACAUAGGAGAAUGGCAGCUAAAAUGUGUGGCUUACACAGGAAAUAACAUGAGGAAACAGACCCCAGUGCCUGACAAGAAGGAGAGAGACCCUUUUGAAGUAGACCUUUCCCACGUGUACCUAGCCUAUACAGAGGAGAGUCUGCGUCAAUCUUUGAUGAAAUUAGAAAGGCCACGGACCUCCAAGGGGAAAACAAGGCCAAAGACUGGGAGACGAAAGCGUUCCGCAAAGCCUGAGACCGUAAUUGAUUCGUUACUUCAGUAAAUGUUACAGAAUUAAAGUUACAAUAAAAAAAGAGUGAUAUUCUCAUGCCUGAACAGAAAUCCUUAAUUAAGACAUUGAGGACACCUAUGUAAUUCACAUAAUGGAAGCUGUAAAUUAUGGAGUGAGACUGGAAAUAGCAAUUUUCCUAAUAACUUUUAGACUUAAGUUUCUGUAAUAUGUAAGUGUGCAUAGCUGGUGAUUGCAGGGAUGUCACACUGGGCCGCAGUACUCUGCGGAAGUAAGGACACCGUUCCUAUAGAGCAUUAUGGUUGUAUGUGAAUGUGCAUCUCUUAGCUAUGUACUCAACUAUUAUGUAUCUAGAUAAACAGAAUCUCAGAGUAGAGGAAGUCUGUCUUGUUUGCACCCAGCGCAUAGCAGAUGGCCUUGUCCUGUGUCCUGUGUCAAUACCUGGGCGGCUCAUCUAAGCAGUAACUUGUCCUAACAUCUGACAGGCCUGUCUAAAUGCAUUCCAACUUUAUGCUAAUGUUGAUUGCAUUUAGGUAUGAGAUGACUGAUUUUAUGGAUCUCCUUUAGAAAAUUGUAUAAUUUGACAACUUUGCAGGUUUACAUUUAAAGGUACAGUUUGAACAUGGGCUUCUUCUGGCCUCCCUGACUGACCUUCAGCCUUUGUUGUGGUUGCUGGUUUGACUUCCCCACCAAAGCUAGCAUUAGCCACUAACCUUUGCUGUCACACAUAUUUUUGUUUUUGUUUUUUUUAUUUGUUUUUGAGACAGGGUUUCUCUGUGUAAGAGCUCUAGCUGUCCUGGAACUCACUCUGUAGACCAGGCUGGCCUCAAACUCACCUCCCAGCGACACACACAUUUUUAAAAAUUCCCUUGGACAUAUGGCUUACAGACACCCCAUUGUCUGAAUUUUAAAUUUUGAUGGAAAUGACUGUAUAAAAAUUGAAACCAGUCUCAUUUUUCAGAAAAUGAAGCUAAGCCAGAAAAUACCUUUUAAUUUUCUUUAUAACGUUAUAUAUAUAUAUAAUAAUGCUCUCUGAAUUUCUUCUGUUGACUAAUCCAGUUAGGCCAUAUUCCUCUCCAAAAAAAAGUUAUAUAGUAAGUUUAAUAAAUGUUUUUUAUAAUAAAUGGAUUUUUUUUAGGUGCCUACUUAGAAAAUUUGUUUGAAGGUUAUGUGCUUCUGAAACCUAUCAUGUUUUCUAAGUUUGAAAUUACACAGUCAACUCCAGGCUCUUGAUUGCAAAGGUUUUGAGACUUCCCAAGUUAGAAUUAGUUAGGUUACUAUGAUUUUAACAAGUUUGGGUAAAUACUGACUUAUAAUUACAGAGCUAUGUGUAGGCUGUGUAUGACUGAGUAGAGAUAGAGCCCUGGUGAGGUGAUGGAAAAUUUGGCCAUACAUUUGUGGAGCCUUCCAGAAGGAGCACUGGAUGUCCCACAUGUGCAGCGUGUACUGAUGUGACCAUGGCCACUGUGGCAAUGUCCUCAAGGUGGUGGAUGUGGCCUGGGUGCUGUGACGCCCUGAGCGAGUGUGUGUCUUGUAAAGCUCAUGUGAGCCAAGUGUCCUGGUGAUGUCACAUUUCUCCCUGGUAUAAAUUUAAAUGUUAGUAAUUACAAAAUCUUAAUUUUACCAUUAAGGAAAAAGAAUCUAUAUGCCUUCACUUUAAACAUCCAUGUUCCUAUCAUUUAACAGUUGGCCCAGAAGGAGUAUCUGCUGUGAAUUUAACUAAAACAUUAGAGACAUUGAAUCUAGUGUGUUAAAGCCUAUAACAGCAACAAAAUAAUGCCAUAAAAACUGAAAAUAUUGAGAAAAUUCUCUAAGUAUCCUGGCUUAGUAAUUUUGUUUGCCUGCUUGCUUGUUGUUUUGAGACAGGAUCUCUCUGUGUUAGCCCAGGCUGGCCUGGUACUCAAGAUCCUUCUGCUUCAGCCUCCCAUGUGCUGAGGUUGCAAGUGAUGUCAUCACGCCAAGCAGUGUGUUCAUUAAAGCGUUUGUAUUAAAACUCUAAUAAGGUGGACAUUGUUCAUUUCUUGAGAACCAAAUAGGAUUCUUGACCUGUUGGGAGGUCCGUUUGAAGAUGGUGGGACAUCCACUCUGUCACAGCAGUGCUGUAGCCGCUUCUCAUUCACUGUGUCUUUGUCCACAAAAGGAAUAGUUUGCAUUUUCAGUGUUAAUUUCAUGAAUGGAGAUGUAGAACAAACUUGACUAAUGUUUAAAAUAAAUGUACAGAUUUUAAAUGAGUGGGACAGAGCUAUAAAUGAUGAGUACCCUUUUCCUCCUUAAUUUAAAAACUGGUAUUUAUUUAUUUGAAAGGAGCCCUAGUAGGAAGUUGUGCUGGCUCUGCCCUUACAUGCUCUGUGCAGCUAGUGUUUGCCUGAAAGUGGAGUCCUCUCACAAGCUGCCUCAUGUAUAUUCUGGAAAAGGUGAUUUUCUACUUUAUGUUGUUGGCAGCCAGAAUAUCAAGGUUACUUUGGAGAGGAAAGUAUUGCUUCAUCUGCAACAUGUUUUUAAAGUUAUGAUUCGAGUUUUAGCAUUUCUGUUUUCAUCUUAGGGUUAGAAUGUGUCCCAUCCUUCCCCACCCCCUUUUAAGUCGUAAUGCAAGGAACACCCUCUUUCCAAUAGAGCUGUGAAUUGAGGAAUGGGCAAAGUUUACAUUUACACACACCUGUGUCUGCCCAGUUUCUCCCCUCCCCCUUUCCAUUUUGAAAUAGAGUUAGUUCCAUGUAGCCUAGGAUGGCCACAAACCCUGUAUGUAGCUCAGGUUGGCCUUAAACUCCUGGGCCUCCUCUACCUCCACCUCACGAUCACUGGGAUAACACUUAUGCAUCACUACCCCGUCGUUUAUAUAUAUAAUUGUUUUCUUCUUUUUUUUUUUAACUACUAGAAAACAGUUCUUCCUAGUGCCUUUGAACUGAGCCUGCAGUUUUGACUAAUUAGAAUCAGUGCAAACCUGAGAAGCAUUACUGUAAUGCUGUUACUGACCAGGAUACAAACUGUAUAGUAAGUUUGCUGUGUUAAUUCAGAAGCCACACUUGCGUUGUACUUAUGUAUAAAUUGUAUUUGCUCAAGCUGUAUAUAUCAAUGUUGUGUGUACAUGCAGCAUGGUAAGAUGAGAAAUAAAAUUCCUCCCCAAUGCC